AACAAUGUUUCAAAAGAUCGUUGAUGAGUCUAAGACAUACGACAGCGUGACUGCCUGGACUGAGUAUCUGUCUCUGGAGACAACAAAGAAGGAGGUUGUCAUGGCCAUGAUGAUGACUGCCUGUGACUUGUCAGCUAUCACAAAGCCUUGGGAAGUCCAGAGUAAGGUAGCUCUACUGGUAGCAGCUGAGUUCUGGGAGCAAGGAGAUUUGGAAAUAAGCGUCCUUCAGCAACAGCCCAUUCCUAUGAUGGACCGAAGGAAAGCUGCUGAGCUUCCAAAGCUUCAAGUGGGUUUCAUCGACUUUGUGUGCACAUUUGUCUAUAAGGAAUUUUCCCGUUUCCAUGAGGAAAUACAGCCUAUGCUUGAUGGGCUGCUGAACAACAGAAAUGAGUGGAAGACUCGUGCUGAUGAGUAUGAUGCAAAAAUGAAAGCUCUAGAGGAAGAAAAGAAAAAAGAGGAAGAGAGAAUGGCUGCAAAGAGAGGUGAAAUAACCUGUAAUGGAGGAACAGCUCCAGCUUCCAAAACCUGUAGCAUACUUUAGACCUAUUCCCACUGCAAAACAUGCCACUCAAAAUGAGAAUGUCCAUAAUUAAAAAAAAAAACAAAAACAGAACAAAACAAAACCAAAAACCAAGCCAAACCAAAACCAAAAACGAAAAAGCAAACAAACAAACAAACAAAAAUGGCAUACAAAUACAUUCCUGAUUGGACUAUUCUGAUAAUUUAUUAGGCUUGUCAUCAACCAGGGAAGGACUAGAUCUUGUUUGCCUUAAUUGUAUCUCCUCCUGAUGGUAGGGAGUUAGUUCUGGCCUGUCUCCUGUUCUUCCAUUUAAUGCACCUGAUGUCAGAUGGCAUGUGACAAGUCAGAACAACAUUUGGCCCGAUAAAUCAGGUUGCAAGAUUAUGGAAAAGCGUUUUUCCUGCACUGAAACACUUCUUAUCCCAAAGCUGAUGGGGAUAGUCCUGCUCCAUGCAACCUCAUGAGACUGACAGAGAAUGCAAUCAUAGCCUGCACAGUGGGAAAAAUGAAGAAGAGAUAAAGUUACCAUAUCUAAGUCUGUAUCUGCCAAGAUAUCAGAAGGAAAACUGAGGGUAAGGAUAAAGCAUGAAAACUGACCACGGUAAACUUCUGAACUGCCCUAAAAUGUUAUGAUUCCAUGUAAAUCCAAAAAACACUCUGACAAAUAAUAGAUCUGCAUUCACUUCAAGAAUCUGGGUAGGUUGCUAUUCCAAAGCAUGGAGCCAUUCAUGCAACACACAGUAGCUGCCUUCUCUGGGAGCAGGAUCCACUCUGUGUGGUAAUUGAAGAUUCAUUCCUUCAUGUCUCAUUUUGAGAUGAUAGUGUUAUCAUUACCCAUUACAUUUCCUCUUACAAUUAACCAAGUAACCUGAGUAGUGACAUCUCAUAAAAUUGUUCUGUUUUGCCUCAUAAUGCCAGUUACACAACUGAUGAGAACCAACUGUCCUUCCUUUCCUCCUUGUGUUCUGAGAUGUCUGGUUUUUAGAUUAUACUCCAGACUUGUGGCUCUUAUUUCAGAUGAAAGUUACUUUUCAUGUUUAUUCAUGCAAAAAUAGAACACUCAAUUACUCAGUUUUGUAGUAGUAGAGACACCCUCAUGUCCUGCUUUCCUCCCCUCCCCCUCUUUCUUUCUAAAAAUUGUUUGGAGAUCUGUUUUGCUGGGGAUUUUCUUCUUCUAUUACUCCUACUACCUUCAGGGUUUUACCCUUCAGUGUAUUGUUUUGCAUUAAAAAUACUGCAAGUAAAAAGAAAACUAGA